GUCCUAAGCUGACGUCACCCCCGGUGUACUCAACCGGCAGGAUUGAAGAGAGAAUUAGAGUUGCGGUCACUUUAAUGUUGCUGUCUGAGUGACUUUAGUACUCUCCGGUUGGCACAAAUACAACAAACGCCAUGACUUUCGAUGUGAGGAGGCUUGACGUCUACAGGAAGGUGCCUAAAGACCUGACCCAGCCAACCUACACUGGAGCCUUCAUUUCCAUUUGCUGUUGCCUUUUCAUGCUCUUUCUCUUCCUGUCCGAGCUCACUGGGUUUAUAGCCACAGAACUAGUAAAUGAACUUUAUGUGGAUGACCCAGAUAAGGACAGUGGAGGGAAGAUCGAUGUGAGUUUAAACAUCAGUUUGCCCAACUUGAACUGUGAUCUCGUCGGGUUAGAUAUUCAGGAUGAGAUGGGCAGACACGAGGUGGGUCACAUCGACAACUCCAUGAAGAUCCCUCUCAACAACGGCUAUGGCUGCAGGUUCGAAGGGAAGUUCAGUGUAAACAAGGUACCAGGUAACUUCCACGUAUCGACCCACAGCGCCACGGCUCAGCCACAGAACCCUGACAUGACCCACGUCAUUCACAAACUCACCUUUGGAGAGAAACUGCAGGUGCACACUAUUCAUGGAGCCUUCAAUGCCUUAGCAGGAUCCGACAGACUGGCAUCCAACCCACUUGCAUCCCACGACUACAUCUUAAAGAUAGUGCCCACUGUGUAUGAAGACAUGGCCGGCAAACACAGGUUCUCUUAUCAGUACACAGUGGCCAAUAAGGAAUACGUGGCCUACAGUCACACAGGCCGCAUCAUCCCGGCUAUCUGGUUCCGCUAUGACCUGAGCCCCAUCACUGUGAAGUACACAGAGAGACGGCAGCCGCUGUACCGCUUCAUCACCACGAUCUGUGCCAUCAUUGGAGGCACCUUCACUGUGGCCGGCAUUAUCGACUCCUGCAUCUUCACUGCCUCUGAGGCCUGGAAGAAGAUCCAACUCGGAAAAAUGUCAUGAGCAUGCAGCGCCACACCUGUCCUGCAGGGGGCAGGAGAGGCCCACAAACUCAUCACAGAGAGAUUCAUUUUUAUUAUUUAUGCGUCAUGGGGACCGAAACGCACCAGUUUCCAAAACAUGUACAAUUCAAUUUUCUAUUCCCAAUGCAAAAAAAAAAAAGAUUAAUAGAAGUGUUUUUUUGUUUUUGUUUUGUUUUUUAAAGUCCAUUGUAUCUUCAGUGUGUUUCAAUGUCAGUCUCUCAGAGUUUGCAGAAAUAGGUCCCAGCUCACCCUCAACUCACUUGCAGAAGCCAUUUUGAACAGGUCAAGAGGUCCGGGAAAGAAGCCAACUGCAGAAAAAUAUCCAACAGCCUGCCUCUGUGUUUGGAGACCAGGAGCGAGCUGCAUGUACAGGGCUUGGACAAAACAUUGGAAACACCUUGCGAUAUGUAGCACACCCCUAAAGUAUUGAUUGUAUACGCUGUUCAGAAAAAAAAUCAAUUUGGCUUCAAAUCUCACCCCCCAGCUUCCCUGAAAAAAAAAGGAAUCCUGGAAAAAUGGCCAUGUGCUUCCUCCAAAGCAGCUGAAAUACUCCCUCGUGUUAAAGCAGUGGUGUCCUGGGAGCCCAUGGUAUGUGUUUUCUAAUUUGUAGUCCAACCCCUGUAAUGUCCUGCAUCGUGGCAGCAUGGAGGAUUCAUGGCAUUCCCAGCAGAAAUGCUACUAAUGCUGUUUCCACAUACCUUGAACAAAACUAUUUGGGUGUCAACUAAUCCUGUUCCAAUUAUAGGUUGACAUUAAAUUGUUUUUCAAGUGUUUGGACUUGGUAUCCAUGGAGGUGCAAGUGGAAAAAGUCAUGAACUUUGUUGCUUUUUGUGGAAGGAGGUGUGGUCAUAGGUUUUAGAGGACAUGUACUGCUGGGUGGACACCCAUACACAGUCCCCAGAAGACAUGCUCUGGAAUUGAACGUCGUGAGGGAGGGAGGGAGGGAGGGAGGCUAACUCUUCUCGUGUUUCCAUCAAGGUGUUUCGUAUGUUGUCCGCUUGGGAGAAGAUCAACGGGAGAGACAGGAGUCAUUCUUUUCUUUUUAUUUUUUUUUUAAUCAGAGUUUUGUGUUCAAAAGCAAGGACCUACUGUCCGAUCAGCAUCUAAAAUCAGAAACCCUCAAAUGCUGAGAGCUUGUUGUAAUGAAGUGUUAAUCCCACUCUGUAUAAGCGGGGGAAUUCAGUUUGGUGGUGCCUUCCAUUGAAUGACAAACUCCUUGUGUUUAUCAGCACGAGUGUGCCAACAACUGUAUUUCAGUUUGGAGGUUUGUGGAUGGGGAACCCCUGAGAUUUUUUUUUUCCCCAACCACUGGCCUGUCUCUCACACACACACACUCACUCACUCACUCACUCUCUCGCAGCCUCAUUUGUCAGCUAUCAUGGCAUCUAUUAGAAGAUCAUUUGUAUCUUGCAUAUUAAGCUGCUGUUCACUAUGUGGACCCUGUGAAGCAGCAUGGCUGCAACCCAUUAGAAACGGGGUGGGACCCCCCUAACUGCAACAUACAUACAUACAUACAUACAUACGCCAGCAUACACCAUGGGACAGGAAAGUGUGAGGAACUAUAAUAUUUAAUGUUUGUGGGCAUAUAAAGGGUAUUCUAGUAUGUAGUUAUGAAUGCACCAUACCAAUUUAUUUAGAGGGGGCUAGUGCCCUCAUUUAUAUAGCUAGAGAUCUCAAGCAUUCCUUGCCAAAGUCUUCAUGUAAACGCUAUGCAGCACAUGCAUUGUAAAACCUUCUCGGGCCCUUUUUCAAAGCUGAAUGCCACUGCUGUAAUACACACUACAGCUACGGAAGGUACAGUUUGUGGAGCCCCAGCAGACUUUACUUUGGCAGUGUUUAAAAGGUCACCAUGAAGAAUAGCCUGGUCUGCUUUUGUCUUGGUCGUUGUGUGCAAGUUGAAUGCUGCUCUUGAAACCAUGUUGAUUUACCAGGGAUAUAUAGACCCAGAACCAGCUGCCUAUAUGUGUGAGCAGAAUUUCAUUAGAAGUGUUAAAAGGAAUUGAAAUGCAGUUUGGAGGAGCCGGGCUGAUGUACUAAUCGAGCACUCAUGUUGGCUGAUUUCUCUCUGACUCGCUCUUCUGACUUCGCUUCCAAGAUCAGUACAGGUUUCAGUUCCUACCUAUACUGUAGAACAAGCGAGAUGGCCUUAGACUUGAAAUAACAAGACGUGAGUCAUCCCUCUUGCCAGCUCAGUUGAGUUAUUUACACAGAUUGUAACACUGCGCAACCCUACAGCUUUGCGACUGUUUUUACAGUUUAACUGGAGUCUCUCCUCUCGCUGUUGAUCAAAGCGAGCACACGAAUUCCGCACCAACGCAGUUGUAAAGAAAAUAUGAAGGACAUGUUAUGAACUGAUGGCCCCUUGCCCCUUUUCUCCCCAUUUCAACUGCUUUGCUACUGAAGUUAUUUUUAUAUAUAGAAGGAACAGUUUGUUUUUUUUUCUCUGAGGUUUGUACUACAAAUAAAUCUAAUGUACUCCACUGUGUUGCUCUGCUGACUCGCUCAGCUGCAAUCUGACUGCAUUGUCUUGAUACCUGGAGUUUUUGUAAUUCUGUUAUAAAUGUGUCUUCUGUGUUUGUGAGGGUAGGGGGGAAAAAAGAAUCAUUUUGAACUGGUA